ACAAAGUUUCAAAGAGGGUGACAAUAAACAAGUCAAACAUAUAGAAAGGCGUUCCCUUUUGCUUCCUAAUUUAAUCAAGACCUAAAAAACUCCGAUUUGUUAUGGCAUCUCUCUGGAACACCAGUAAUCCCGCCAUGGCUGAUGCCUCAGAUCCAUUUCAACUCCCCAAUUCCGAAGUUUAAGGUUGCUCUAUGUCAGUUGUCAGUUACUUCUGACAAGAAUCAGAAUCUUGAUCGUGCCGGCAUUUCGAUAAAAACUGCCGCCGAGCAAGGCGCAAAGCUACUUGUUUUACCAGAAAUGUGGAACUGCCCUUAUUCAAGUGACUACUUUGCAAAAUUUGCUGAGGAUUUUACGAAUGAGGAUGCCUCGCCGACGUUGUCCAUGCUAUCGGAUGCUGCUUAUUGCCAUGGGAUCACAAUCGUAGGAGGGUCGGUGCCUGAACGGGAUCAUGGCAGGUUGUAUAAUACUUGCUGCAUAUUUGGACCAGAUGGAAAGCUCAAAGCUAAGCAUAGGAAAAUACAUUUAUUCGACAUUGACGUUCCAGGAGAGAUAUCAUUUAAGGAAUCUGACUUCUUUUUGGCAGGAGAUCAAACUACCAUAGUGGACACAGAAGUUGGUCGUAUCGGAGUGGGAAUCUGUCAUGAUUUACAGUUUCCUGAACUUGCUGCAUUGUACAGGAAAAAAGGCGUUCACAUAAUAUGCUAUCCCGGGGCAUUCAACAUGAGCACUGGUGAAUUGUUGUGGGAGCUCGUACAGAGAGCAAGGGCAGUUGAUAACCAGUUAUUCGUAGCUACUUGUUCACCUUCUCGAGACUCCACUGGUUCUUACACAAUAUGGGGACACUCCACGCUAGUUGAACCGUCGGGCGAGAUAAUUGCAACCGCAGGGCAUGAGGAAACUAUUGUAAUCGCCGAGAUUGAUUACUCUAAAAUUCAGCUCCAAAGAAAGAGCCUCCAACUUGAUGAACAAAAGUGGGAAGACAUCUCCAAGUUGAUCGAUGUGCGCAUGAACUAAGUCCUUGAAGCCUUGAAGGAUAUAAACACUUGGUAACAUGUGGUUAUGUUUUCUGUAGUAAAUCGUUGGAAGAUAUUACACGACCACCGAUUUGUAACACAUUCUCGGUUGGACCUUCUUGUUCUACAUUCUCAGUUCUCUUUUUCAUCCUGCAAUAUUACAUAAUGAUUAAAACCGUA